AUGAAGACCCUGGUGCGCCAUGGUCUGGCAGUGUGUUUAGCGCUCACCACCAUGUGCACCAGCUUGUUGCUCGUGUACAGCAGCCUAGGCGGCCAGAAGGAGCGGCCCCCGCAGCAGCAGCAGGCAGCGGCGACCGGCAGCCCCCCGCCGCACCCCGAGGCCCCCGCGGGACCGCGGCCACUGGACGGAUACCUUGGCGUGGCGGACCACAAGCCCCUGAAAAUGCACUGCAGGGACUGCGCCCUGGUAACGAGCUCGGGGCACCUACUGCGCAGCCUGCGAGGCCCCCGGAUUGACCAGACCGAGUGCGUCAUCCGCAUGAACGACGCCCCUACGCGCGGCUACGGGCACGACGUGGGCAAUCGCACCAGCCUGAGGGUCAUCGCGCAUUCCAGCCUCCAGCGAAUCCUCCGCAACCGCCACGACCUGCUCAACGUCAGCCAGGGCACUGUGUUCAUCUUCUGGGGCCCCAGCAGCUACAUGCGGCGCGACGGCAAGGGCCAGGUCUACAACAACCUGCAGCUCCUGAGCCAGGUGCUGCCCCGGCUGAAGGCCUUCAUGAUCACGCGCCACAAGAUGCUGCAGUUUGAUGAGCUCUUCAAGCGCGAGACCGGCAAAGACAGGAAGAUCUCCAACACUUGGCUCAGCACUGGCUGGUUCACAAUGACGAUUGCCCUGGAGCUCUGUGACAGGAUCAAUGUUUAUGGCAUGGUGCCCCCAGACUUCUGCAGGGAUCCCAAUCACCCUUCAGUACCUUAUCACUAUUACGAACCUUUUGGACCUGAUGAAUGUACGAUGUACCUCUCCCAUGAGCGAGGACGGAAGGGUAGUCAUCACCGCUUUAUCACAGAGAAACGAGUCUUUAGGAACUGGGCACGGACAUUCAAUAUUCACUUUUUUCAACCAGACUGGAAACCAGAAUCACUUGCUAUAAGUCAUCCUGAGAAUAAACCUAUGUUCUGA